AUGUCCUGGGAACAGAGUGAGAAGCCCGAACCGAUCGGUGGAGGCCGCCCCAGUUCUCCAGACUUGGCAUUGACGACGUCCAAUGCCGAGAAGAAUAUUAGCAUUCUGCCUGCAGUCGAUGAUGAUGCGGGUCUAAGCCGUCAUGACACCGACGCCAUCUACAGCAAGUUCAAACCAUCCCGGAAACGACUCGUUACCGCCGUUGUGGCGUGUGGCGGUGUUGCCUCAACUAUAUCUUCGCUGCUGCUCUUAGCCGCCAUACCUGAGAUUGCAGCAGAUCUGAAUACUACGGGCAGCAUUAUUAACGUCAGCAAUGCCGUUUACAUUCUUUUCAUGGGUAUCAGCACUCUCUUCUGGGGUCCCAUAAGCCAAGUUUACGGUCGCAAAUGGGUAUGUUAA